AUGGGGCCGCCAUCAUCAGCAGCCCGAAAGCGACCGAGUAGCACUCCGAAGAAGAGUAUUACGAAGAUCCCCCCUCCUAGAAAACCUGCAAGGCCUAACGCUAGUAUUCUGAAUUUCUUUCAGAAGGCUGAGAAGCCCGAGCCGACACUCUUUCUAGACGGUCAGGAAAAGCUAGUCGUCCAGAACCAAGACCAAGAUGAGCCAGACAUCUACGAUGCCGAAUCGUGGGAGGAGAAUGAGGAAUUCAAUGAGGUUGAGUCAUCAAUAAAAAAGAGGAGGGUGAGCCAGGAAGAUGAGAGCAAAGUCACAGAACAAACGAGUCCAAAGGAAUCGAAGAGCCCUGCGACUUCCGACCCCGCCCCGUCAUCACCUGCGGAAGCGAAACUUCUGAAACCACAAUCGAAUAAGCGCAAAGGACCAUUCUUGGACGAAUCCGAUAGCGAAGAAGAGGAGGAUGUGAAGAAGCCCUCAGCCAAACCCCCCUUUGUCAGCACAGUGCACAAUAGAGGCACCAUUGCACCGCCUAUUAAGAUGGAAGAGAGGGCGAUACCGCUCGCGAAGGAGACAAGCUGCCUUCCGCCGCUACUGAAGGUUGAGGACUCGAUCGACAAGGAAUAUGCAAAUGUUGACGAGUUUGGUGACUUAGACGAAUAUCCCGACGACGAAGACCUUGGUGGCGAAGAGUACCGCAUGAUGCAGUUCAUGGAAGAGCAGGCACGACUGGAAGCUGAAGCGGAGGCUGCGGACGCCGACGAUUACUCCGGCGAAUAUGUUGCUGAUCAUGUACGACACAGUGAUGCUAUGGUAGCUAACUGUCCAAUAUGUGAUGGUAGCCUGGCUGGAAUCACUCCUGACGAAGCAACAAGACAUGUCAAUGCCUGUCUCGACGGCAACCCGAUUUCACUUCCAUCAAAGUCUACUCAUACACAGGAGGUUGCUGGUCCACCAAUAGCCGAGCAUCCAGAAGUCAACAAACGUUUUGCACGUGCGGCUGUUCCACGAGCCGGGCAAGCCAACCCCUUUAGUCUAAAUGAGGCUCAGAGCAGGCCAACCUCUGCUUUUACAAAAUUGAUGUCAGGCCAUGCGGAAGAUGCUGCAUGGGCAGAUGCCGCGGCGGCGGAGCAUUCUGCACGUGGCAAGCCCGCAUAUCAGCGCACCUGUCCAUUUUACAAGAUUAUGCCUGGUUUCUAUAUCUGUGUGGAUGCUUUUCGAUACGGUGCUGUCAAAGGAUGCAACGCAUACUUUCUGAGUCACUUUCACAGUGAUCAUUACAUUGGAUUGACGGCCAACUGGACGCAUGGGCCCAUUUACUGCAGCAAAGUCACCGGGGACUUGGUAAAAAUGCAAUUGCGAGUUGCCGCCAAAUGGGUUGUUCAGCUCGAGUUCGAUCAAACAAUCGAAGUUCCUGGCACCGAGGGUGUCAUGGUGACUAUGAUUCCCGCAAAUCAUUGCCCUGGAAGUUCUUUGUUUCUCUUCGAAAAGACAAUGGGAAAGGAGCCAAGCACAAGAAAACAGAGGAUUUUGCAUUGUGGUGACUUCAGGGCUUGUCCAGCUCAAGUUGCUCACCCUUUGCUGCAACCAGAGGUAUAUGACUCGAUCUCCGGCAAAACCAGGCACCAAAAAAUAGAUGUUUGUUACCUUGAUACUACCUACCUCAACCCUCGCUACUCAUUUCCACCGCAAACCGACGUGAUCCAAGCAUGUGCGGAUCUUUGCAAAUCACUCGCCCCUAUACAGAGCUCGGAGGACAACGCAUGGGACAAAAUAAACAGAGAAUCAGGUACAAGCACCGUCAGCAAGUUUUUCACCAAGACCAAUGGUGAAACAACCGAAUCGAAACCUAAAAAUGGUCCGAAAGAACGACUUCUUGUCAUUUGCGGCACGUAUUCUAUUGGUAAGGAGCGCAUUUGCAAAGCCAUUGCUCAAGCCCUGGGCAGUAAGAUUUUCGCUUCGAAGUCCAAAAUACGAAUCUGCUCCAAGCUUGGUGACCCAGAGCUCGAGGCGCUGAUGACGGAUAAUCCAUUGGAAGCACAGGUACACAUGCAAAUGCUCAUGGAGAUUCGCGCCGAGACCCUACAGGACUAUCUUAACUCGUACAAGCCACACUUCAGCCGUAUCGUUGGUUUCCGGCCUUCCGGCUGGAAUUAUCGUCCCCAGGGUGCCGGUAAGGUGUUGUCAGCCAAUACGCAGCCCGGCACAAUUCCCACAACGCAGAUCUUACAAGGCAGGGCGUGGCGGUCACGUUUUGGGGUCAAGGAUUUUGUGGCUCAACGUGGCAGCACUAAAGAAGCUAUGUGCUUUGGAGUGCCUUACAGCGAGCACAGCAGCUUCCGGGAACUGGCAAUGUUUUUGAUGGCGCUUCGCAUCGAGAAGGUGGUCCCCACGGUCAAUAUCGGCAGCGACACAUCCAGGAAGAGAAUGAAAGGUUGGACCGACAAGUGGCUGGCGGACCGGAGGAAAGGGGGGCUAAUUUUCCCACUAGAAGGCGAUGAAAAUGAAGGGAAAGAGGUGGUGCUUUGGGAAGGAAAGGAUGGCCGUGGGGGAGGGGUGUGGUGGUGA